GGAAGCUGCAGGAGCUUUAAACAGUUCUUUCCAGUUCCUUUGCUUUUGGCUGCCUUUUUAUGCUUUGCUGUCCCAUUUGGAGCUGGAUAUUAUUUUUAUUGAUAGUGUUUCUGUUUCUUAGGAUAUCAGAAAAAACGUGCUGAAGAUUCGCUAUGAGGCAUGGCUAUUUUUUUAGAAUCUGAUACUUUAGUUUGAGCUGCAAGCAUUGCCUUGGGAAAGGUUUAGGUUGUUCUGGUAGGGGCAGGACUCUGCAGAGAAAACAAAGUUAAAAGAAGCAUGAAAUAAGAAGAAACAGAAUAAGAGAAGCAGAGGACCUCCCAUCCUUUAAUUCUUCAUCUCCUCUUAGCGAAGUAUAAACUAAGCUGCCAGUAUAACUUGACCUUUUUGCAGAGUAUCUCUUACCAUCGCUGUUAUGGCUGAGAUUACAACAGAAGGACAUAUGUCCACCACAACCACAAUAAUAAAUGGAAAGAAUGGAUCCGUUCUCACCCCACCUGUGAAAGUGACAAAGAAAUCAGUUACAGAAGACAUAGUAACAACAUUCAGUUCACCAGCAGCAUGGCUUCUUGUUUUCGCUCUGAUUGUUACCUGGUCAGCAGUAGCUAUUGUAAUGUUUGACUUGGUGGAUUACAGAACACUUGCAGGAAGUUCUGUUAGCAAGCUCAGCAAAGAACCACUGCGAAUCGUUUAUGAGACUGUGGAAGAAUCCACAGACUGGAUCUAUGGCUUUAUUUCUUUUCUGACUGACAUCAUAUGGAAUGAUGAUGAAGACAGUGAUGAAGGUGAAGUGGAACCGCCAUUGAAAAGAAAAGGUGAAAUCCACCCUCCAACCAGAAAGAAAGAAAUUCACAGGGACAAGCCCGAAAGAGAAGAAAAACUUGAAAAACGAGUACCAACUAAAGUAAUUCACAAAGGUAAACCUGAAAAACAAGAGAUCUGGGUGGAACGGAAAGAACAACCAAAAGUGACACACAAAGACAAACCUGCAAGACAAGAAAAACCUGAGAAAAAAGAAAAACCUAUAGUUGCUCACCAAGAAAAGCCUGAGAAACCAGCAAAACUAGAAAAGCCUGAGAAACGCGAAAAACCAGAAAAGCCUGAGAAGCCAGUAAAACUUGAAAAGCCUGAGAAACGUGAAAAACCAGAAAAGCCUGAGAAGCCAGUAAAGCUAGAAAAGCCUGAGAAACGAGAAAAGCCUGAGAAACCAGAAAAGCUAGAAAAGCCUGAGAAACGAGAAAAACAAGAAGAACCUGAAAAGAAAGUGCCCCCCAAAGUGACACAGAAAGACAAACCAGAAAAACAAGAAAAAGUGGAAAGGAAAUCUCCUCCUAAAGAGGAGAAGAAAGCAAAGAGUAUCAAAGGUGAAGAAAAAGUUAAAAAGGAAAUGAAAGAUGGAAAACCAGAGUUGAAGAUGACUGAGAAAGUCAAACGGACUGAAAUAAAAGUACAGGAAGUUGGGUUAAUAGAAGCCAAACCGAGAGUUAAGGAGGAGAAAGCAUUUAAGGCUGAAACAAGAUCGGAAAAGAAAGGUAAACAAAGCCAGGAGGAAACGGCUGAAGAACUUAAACUAGUGGGGAAGAAGCAGAAACAAUGAAGUUAAAGCUGACAAGACCAAAAAGUCAAAAUCUGCAACAUGUAUAAGUAAAUCCCCUUUGGAUUUCAGAUCACUAAAUGGAAACAAAAUGGACAAACAGGAGCUUAAAAUGAACAAUAAGGCAACAAUAAGGAAUUGUUACUCUCAUGGCUAAAGAUUCAUUUUAAUUUGAACACUUCCUUGAGAUAGCAAGACCAGCAUUCCUAGUUACUGAGGAUUUUUGAAGUAGAAGAUUUAAGGGUUCUAAUUUUCAGAUUUUAAAUCUUAAACUGCAGAGGGACUUAACUUAAACAUUAAUCUUUAAACUGCAGAGGGAGCAACAAGGUAUUUCAAUUUUGCCAUUUAACCAACAUUAUUAAAUCGGCAAGAGUUUUGAUGACAUGGAAAGAAUAUCUGAUAUGUUGAAUGAAUAGCAACAUUAAUUUGGGUUAUCCAGUAACCUGUUGGGAAGUAUGUUUGGGUUCUACAAAUGUGCAUAGUUUCUGCUUAGGAAUAGCAAAAAUUGCAGGUGAUAGAACGGAAUGAUUUGCAUUACAUCAGAUCACAUGAGACUCUGCCAUGUUUUCUAUAACACAAGGACAUGGCAGUGCCUGAUAUAACUUGACAUAUAAUUGGGUUCCAGAUUUCUGUUAAUAGGGAAAAAAAAUGUCAUUCCUAGAGGUAAAAGAAACAAAUUAGAUCCCACAAAAGAGGAAUAUCAAUACAUAAUAUGUGUGGGUAUUCACUACAAGCAUAUUUCCACAAUGGUCAGUCUGGAUUUUGUUGCUGUUUAAUCACAGUAGGUGAAUCUGCACAUGCAAUUAACACGUAGCAAUAAACUCUGGUGCAGUUUGUGCUGGAGUUUAUUACUCCUAGGUGAAAUGUUCACACGUGCACCAGGGACUAAUGGACAUUGAGCCAGGGGGGAGCAGCCCCGGCUGACAGGUGGCCUGCGAAGUCAGCCUGCCAGCUUGGGGCUGCUCUGCCCUGAUUCAUCAUGCUGUGGUGCAGGUGCCAAGUGGGGUGCGUGAUCUGUGCUGCCCCCCACUGUCCCGCACUGCCCCGUGCUCCACAGGGGGGUUUCUGCCAUGAGCCCCCAGAGGCUCUGAUCGCUGCUGCUGCAGCUGGAGAGUGUGGGGCUUUUUUUUUUUCUUUUUUUUUUUUAAAGUGCCAGGAGGCAAGGGCUGGGCAGGCGAACCAUGAGUGCUUCUCCUGAGGCUCCUCUGGCUGUGGCUGCUGCUGCCCUGGUCGGGGGAGUUGCAGGAAAAGCCCCCAUGUCUGCCCUGCCUGGCCCCAGCCUUCUGACACUUUAAAAAGAGGGUUGCAGGGCUGUGCUGGACUCUUGCCAGGGGCACCUCUGAAACUUUCUGAAAUAUUUCUGAAACAUUUUGGAUGGUUUUGUUUCAUUUUAGAGAUGUUUUGGAGCCUUCUGUUUCAUUUCAGGUUUGGUGUUUUGGGUGCCGAAAUGGGCCCAAACACCUCUGAAAUGAAAUGGCUUUCGAAAUUUUGCACAGCCCUACUAGUUGGGGCACAAGGGUACUACAGUGUGGGGCUAACUGGCAGGCAGGGAGCACAAGGCCUGGUCCCAAAGUGAAUGGGGCCAAGAGAGCUCUGCCAGCUGUGGUGGCAGCUGUCUGCUGGCCCCAUAAACAUUAGGAAGGGCUGUGAUGUGCACAGAGCCAGGAGACAUCUGCUUCUGCAGUUGGCGGAGUUUUCCCAGCCCCAUGAACAUCUAGACACACAGCUGUUGGUGAACCCCAUGCCCAGUGAGACUUUCCUACCAAGCAGGGUCUCACCAAGAGAUCUCCAGCAGCUGCCAGCGAGUUCCAAGCUAAGCAGGGAAGCACAGAGUUUCCCAGUCCCAGCACUGCUCAGCUCCCAGCUCCUGUGGGGAGCCAGGAGCUAUUCAGUGCUGGGUCAGGUGAGUGGGGGGGGGCAUGUAGAGAGUGACCACAUCCUGGCACUGAUCGGCUCCCGGCUCUUUGGGGUAGAGAGGAGCUGAGCAGUGCCAGGCCCGGAGACAGAGAACUCUCCCAUCCCUUGUGGUCCCUUGUUGGUGCGGUUGACUGAGUGCAAAUUUGGUCCCAGGCAGAUUCUACAUGAGCACUACUGCACACUAACUACUGCACACUUAAUCCAGUACCUGUAUUUACAGGUAAAACAAAGCAUUUGGAGGUAUGGGAGUUUAUUUUCUAACAUUAAGAUAUUUGAAAAUGAAUAGAAGCCAGAGACAAGGGAGAUCAGGGAUUUUUUUCAAGAAAAACUCUAAGGUCAAGUAAAUCCUUUUUCUCCCCCCAAUGCUUCUCAAGGAGUCCACCCAGCACUGCAUCUUUUCAGUUUUUUAUAACCGUCUUUUUAGCUGUAUACUGCCAGAUGCAAGUCUGGUACAACUGAAACAUCUAGCUACACAUUUCAGUCCUGCUGUGAUUUAAAAAAACUGAUGUAAUUUCCAUGUCAAACUAGACAUCUGAAUAUUAAACAUAAUCUGACAACAAAAUUGUAGUGCCUAAUCCUGGAAGCCUGGGUUGUCCUUGUUGAAGGGAGUGGUUUAAUUGAUUUCACUGUAGCUGUACAAACUAACAUAACUGUGAACAUGAGUAAAACUACAGACUGUUGCCCAGUUCUUUCCCAACCUGUUUUCCUCUGCCACUAAGAAAGCUUAUGUAGUGCUUAGUAUGACAGAGAGUGGUCAGAAUAGUUUUGGGAGGUUUAAUGUUUUGAAGGCCAUAUCAACUACCAGUAUAAAAACUGACUCUCUUGAUUGAAGUAGAUCUAAGGUGAUUGGUAUCAGUAAAAAACUGGCCCUGAACUCCCAUCACUUCUCUUGCUUUUCUGAUGUAGUAUUCUAAACUGUUCCCUUAAAAAAAGUUACUCAGUACGUAAGUCACUGUGUCCAUUUCAUUAGAUAAAUGGAGGUCUGCAUGUGUACCAGUUUAGAAAGUUGGUGCUUGUGCCAUAUGAUAGAGACUGUGUCAGGCCUCCCAUUCUUUCUGGCAUUCUCUCUCAGCAUAUGUUCCCCAAAUUGGCAAAUAACAUAUUGGCCCUCGGGAUUUUAUGCCCCAGAGGCAGUUAUUGGCUUAUGCUGUCUCCUAAAGCUUUACAAUAAAAAAUGCCUGGAGAUAGAGUGGAUACUUUCAAAGUAUCCUAGGACACUCACAAUAUCUGUUAUUUUUCAAGACAAUUAAUCACCAAUAUAGUACAGCUAUAAGAUGAAAAACACUGAUGUAAAUCGUUAUUUCAGUAAAGGACUAUGAUUUAAAAUGAAUCUUUAGCUCUUAAAUUGGAAAUAUAUAUAUAUUUGAAAUGCUUUGGCCUUGUUUCUUCUUUUAAUAGCGCCAGAAUUCCCAUUGACAUGAAUUGGGAACAUUACCCAGCUCCUUACUGUUUCCUAUACAAUAAUAGCUUUAUUUUUGCUAUUGUAGGUUUUAAUAUUAUGAGUUCAUAUCCAUUAUAAAUCCCUAUUUUCAGGGGUUAAAUAACUUGAAAAAGAAUUGCUAUGGUCAGAAAUACAGUAUAAAAUAUCUGCCCAGAAGCAAUUGAAAAAAUAUAUUUAAUCUAUGUUAAAAUUACAGUAAUAUAAACGAAAUAGACAUCAGUCAAUGCAGAUCCUUGUUUGCACUGCAAAGAUUAACAAUGGCCUCCUUUUAUAGAAAUGAUUUUUUCAGUCUGUUAGUUCAUAAUGGACUAAUGUAUUUAGGCCCUGAUCCCAACCCAUUGAAGUAAAUUGGAUCUCUUCCAAUGACUUCUGUAGGCUUUGGAUGGGCUCAUCUAGAGGAUUUAUUUAGUUUCUUAUGUGUUUGCUUUUAUUUUUUCAAACAAUAUUUUUUUUCAAAAAAUAUUUUCAUUUUUGUACACACAAUGCAUAGGUGCAGAAGCCAAGUACCUUAAUCCCUAAGUAGUCAUUGAUGGAUAGUCUGCACUGAUCAGAAUGAAUCAUUAGGCUUUCCAAUCAAAUUUCCAAUUAAAAAAAAUAUGCUUUGAGAUUUAUAGCAGUAAUAGCUACUCUGGGCACACUUUGAUUUAUCAGCUAACCUAUAUUUUGUAUAAGAUUUUACAGAUUGAUAAAAUAGACUCUAAAGACUUCAUAAAAAUGGUUUACAGUCAAGGUCCAGUGUACUCCUAGGCAAACUAGAUCUAACAUUGUACAAGAAGGGAUAUGGUUUGUGACUAGAAACUCUGCAGAAGCUUCAGGCCACAGACAAAUGUUACUUUUGUGCAGAGAAAAGCGAUCCCCAAGUCCCUAGAUUCACACUACUGCCCAUGCCACCCAGCUAGGCAGCAGGAGCAGCCAUUUAAAUGGUGGUGGGGAUGGGAACUGGGGUAAGGGAGGCUCUACCUGGUCGGGAUUCCCUGUGUCUGUGACUACAAAACUGUUUACAGCCUAUCCCUUCCCAAGGAGGGGAGAAGGCAGGCUGUCAAUUAAUGGGUUCUCCUUAGAGCAGGGUUGGCCCAGGGAGCAGCUCUCCAGUGCCCCCUAACUUGAGUUCUGACCUGUAUAGCGUGCACUUUUUUUGUACAUGCUAUUUUUGUAGCAACUGCUAGAAACAAAUUCCUGUCAGUGGCCUCAGAUAAAUUAAGCACCAGGGUUUUUAGUGAAUCAAACCUAAAAAUGAAUAAAAUAAUCAGCAUCGCAUGAUGAGGGAUGAAAUGUUAUAUUAAAAAAAAUGUAUUUUCCCUUCAAUUUUAAAUUUUGUUUUCAAGUGAGAAGUUUUGGGCUUAAUGAUGAAUAGGAGAGAAAAGCAACUUUGAAAUUUAUGAAGUCCUUAGGGAAGCAGUUAGAGGUUUCUGUUAAAAGUAUUAAGUUACUCAGUGAAACUGUUUUAAAAAGAUAAAUUAAUGUGACAUAAAGAACCUCAGGCAGAAGGCAGGGUAGAAACGCACCUUAUAGACUAACUAAAUAAGACAUAUAGAAAGAGCAUAAGCUUUUGUGAACUUGAGCUUGCUUCAUCAGAUGCAUCAGAUGAAGUGAGCUUCUGUUCACAAAAGCUAAUGCUCUUCAGAUAUCUUAUUUAGAGUAUGUUCAGACAUUCCUGGGACCCAGUCCACAAACACAUGGCUUACUUUAAGCGUUGUGAUUAUAGAUCAGGUCUCACUUACACAGAUGUUUGCUGGUGCUGGGAGCUGCACUGGGAAUGUGAUCUAAAUAAGUCAGAGCGGGGAGAGGAGGAGGCAGGA